CACGGGUGGACCAUGAGUGGCAUGUUCGAAACAUGGCUGGGCAGCUUGGUAUCAGCUCUUCAGGAGAGGGAGAAGGAUGCCAACGUGGUCGUGGUGGAUUGGCUUUCGCUUGCCCACCAGCUCUAUACCGAUGCUGUGAACAACACGCAGAUUGUUGGAAAAAACAUAGCGAGUCUGCUUGACUGGUUGCAGGAGAACCCACUGUUCCAGCUGGAGAAUGUCCACCUGAUCGGGUACAGCCUGGGCGCCCACGUUGCUGGCUUUGCUGGUAACCACGUGCAUGGGACGAUAGGCAGAAUUACAGGCUUGGAUCCGGCUGGCCCUAUGUUUGAAGGAGUGGACCCUAGCAAGCGCCUCUCCCCCGAUGAUGCUAACUUCGUGGAUGUCCUUCACACCUACACAAGGGAAACACUAGGUGUUAGCAUUGGGAUCCAGAUGCCUGUAGGCCAUCUUGACAUCUACCCCAAUGGGGGGGACUUCCAGCCUGGCUGUGGUUUAAGUGAUGUCUUGGGAGCAAUUGCCUAUGGGACCAUUGGCGAAGUUGUUAAAUGUGAACAUGAGCGGUCUGUGCACCUCUUUGUGGACUCCCUCGUCAACCAAGAUAAACAAAGCUUCGCGUUUCAAUGUACCGAUUCCAGCCGCUUCAAGAAGGGCAUCUGCCUGAGCUGCCGGAAGAACCGCUGCAACGGCAUUGGCUACAAUGCCAGGAAAACACGGAACAAAAGAAACAGCAAGAUGUACUUAAAAACAAGAGCUGACAUGCCGUUCAAAGUCUACCAUUAUCAGAUGAAAAUGCAUGUCUUCAGCUACAAGAACUUGGGAGGGGCUGAUCCCACUUUCUCCGUGACCCUUCAUGGCACCAAUGGAGACUCUGAACCUCUCUCUUUGGAAAUGCUUGAUCAAAUUGGCCUAAAUGCUACUAACACCUUCCUGGUCUAUACUGAAGAGGACAUGGGUGAACUUUUAAAAAUAAAGCUCACCUGGGAGGGAACAUCCCAGUCAUGGUACGAUCUAUGGAAAGAGCUGAAGAGCUACUGGUAUCGGCCUGCAAAGUCUUCCCAGGAACUGCAUAUCAGACGUAUCCGUGUGAAAUCCGGGGAGACACAACAGAGGUUUGCUUUCUGUGUGGAGGAUGCCCAGCUAACUAGUAUAUCUCCUGGUAAAGAGCUCUGGUUUGUGAAGUGCUCAGAGGAAUGGCAAAAAAG